UCUUUUACUUCUUCUCCGCUAACAUCUGCUUUUAGUUUUAGGCACCAAAUAAAAUAAAAAAUUUAUUAAAUUAGAAAUAUGAAUAAUUUAACACGUUUAUUAAGCAAAUGUGUUAUUAAUAAUCAACUUCAAACAUUAAAGCCAAGUGUAGCAGCGAUUCAGCUUCGAUAUAAAUGCAAAGAAGUUGUAAAGCCGAAGCCUGGUAAUAGUGUACAAUACCGACGUAUUGUGCAUUAUAAAGAUGAAUACACCGUAGAACCUUUAAAAAUAACGCAUUUAGCUGGUAGAGAUCCUGUAUCAGGGCGAGUUGUAGCUAAAGGUAUAGGAGGCGGUGAGAAGCAUAACUAUCAUUGGGUAAAAUGGGUGCGUGACGGCCCCACAGAAGGUCCACCGCGAUCUGAACGUGUUGUGGAAAUUAUUGAUGAUGGUUGCCGUACUGCAAAAUUGGCACUAGUUGGAGUUGGAGACGAAUUGAAGUAUAUAAUUGCAACUGAAAAUAUGAAAGCUGGUGAUAUAAUAAAAACAUCACGUUUUAUACCAAGAAUCCCAGUGCGACCAAAUGAAGGAGAUGCUUAUCCACUUGGUGCUCUGCCAUUGGGCACACGCAUACAUUGUCUAGAAAAGAAUCCAGGGCAUCCUAUGCAUUGGAUAUUGGCUGCAGGCACAUAUGGCACUAUUUUGCGCAAAUUUGAAGAUAAAGUUGUGGUUCAGUUGCCCUCCAAACGAGAGUUUGCAUUUGACAGAACGUGCAUGGCCACUGUUGGGCGAGUGUCAAAUGUUGAAUUUAAUAAAGAGCACAUUGGCAGCCCGCAACGUCUCCGCCAGUUGGGUUAUCGUCCCCGAUCAGGUCUAUGGCAACGUAAAACUGGUAAACAUGGUCGUAAAAUACGACCGCUGCCGCCUAUGUCAAAGGCUCCCCCACCACCGAAAAAGCCUGAACAAACUAUUAAAUUAACACUUCAACUUUAAAAAUGAUAAAUCGUUAAAAUUAUUUUAAAAAUGGUUUAAUAAAUAAU